CUGUAAUUACUACCUGCGCGUGGUGACCUCUUACGCACAACCACCAUUUGUUACCAUUUGUUCCUUUCUGCCCUGCUUCUCUUCAACCCCCACAUCCUCUUUCCGGAAGAUAUGAUUAUUGGGACGAGAAAAAGAAGGCCAAAAUGGACGGAGAUUGGGAUCAGGUCGCGCGUAUUCCCUUCCCGCCUCCGGGCGUCCGCGCCAUGGCCACACCCGUGACAACCCUGGCUUUUGAUCCUCAUCAAGAACUUCUGUGGACAGGGAAUGACUAUGGCCGGGUUAUGUCCUUCUACGGCGCCGAACUCCAGAGAUAUACCUCCUUCAAGGCCUGUACCACACAUGGCGAUUUGAAGCAAAUCCUCGUGAACGAUAAAGGUGUCAUUGUGCUUGGGUCUCGCGAUAUCCAUAUGGCCUCAAGGCGAGGACCGCCUAUAUGGCACAUACAGCACGAGGCCAUGAAGGACCUACAAUGCAUGAGUUUUACGUCCAAAAGCCAAACGGAAAUCCUGGUAGCAGGGUACCAGGAGAAAAUGUUUGUCAUUGAUGUCAGCAAAGGCGAAAUUACAAAGGAGAUAUCCACCGCCCACUCAUAUAAAAUCAUGAAGAAGAGCCGAUAUAUAUGCGCCGCAACUAAGGAUGGCUUGAUAGACAUGAUCGAUCCGGCCACACUCUCCAUCGUCCGGAGCUGGAAAGCCCACUCGGCCCUCAUCAGUGACAUGGAUGCACAGCAUGAUUUCAUCGUUACCUGCGGAUUCUCGCUUCGACAUACCCAAUCCUACGUGCCGGACCCAUUUCUGAACGUUUUCGACAUCAAGCGCAUGACGCCAAUGCCACCCAUACCGUUCCCUGCUGGAGGCGCCUUUGUCAGGAUGCAUCCGCGCAUGUCGACUACCAGCAUCAUCAUGUCUCAGACCGGCCAGAUGCACGUUGUCGACUUGAUGAACCCACAUACCAGCAACGUCCGGCAGGUCAACGUUGUCAGCUCCUUAGUCACCAUGUUCGAAAUUGCCUUCUCCGGAGAAGCCAUCGCAAUCGCAGAUUCGGCGUCACAGAUCCAUCUUUGGGGAUCGCCCUCCAAAAUGCGCUUUGUUGAUUUUGCCCAACCGUGCGAGUUUGCCACCGCGGAUGUGCCCCUUCCUGCCAUUGAGUGGACCUCCGAGACCCCCCUGAACUCCAUCGGUAUGCCUCACUAUCGUGAGGUUCUGCUUUCGGCGUGGCCGGAUAUGGUAUCCGACGUGGGAGCGCCUCCACCCACCCUUGAUCCGCAGUUCCUUGCGACGCUGAAGGCAACAGACUUCGGCCUGUACGGACCUAACACCCGGGGUCUCCGGCGGAACCAGGUAGAAGAUACGCGCAAGGCUGACAAGGCGACGGUUGUGGGAAUUCAGGCUCCGAAGUUUCUCAGUGAAAAGGCUAGAGAAUCUGCCAAGGCGGCUGGGAACACAACUGGCUUUGACGACGGUGUCGAUGAUGUCGCGGACACGCUAGCGAAGUUGGCCGAGGCCGAUCGCAAGUCGGAUUGCCCGCCCAUGUACCGCAAUGUAGAAAUCAGGUACAGCAAAUUCGGUGUCGACGAUUUCGACUUCGGAUUUUAUAACAAGACGCCAUAUUCGGGACUGGAGAUUCACAUCGCCAAUUCUUACGCCAAUUCGCUGCUCCAGGUGAUGCAUUUCACGCCUCUCAUACGAAACCUGGCGCUCAAACAUACGGCAACGUCGUGUAUUUCGGAAGAUUGCCUGCUUUGCGAAAUGGGUUUCCUUUUCGAUAUGUUGAAGAAGGCCGAAGGCUCUAUUUGUCAGGCGACCAAUCUACUCAAGACACUUAGCCAGCAACCACAAGCUGCGAACCUCGGUCUUCUUGAAGAAGACCUGAAUAGUGCUUCACUCCCUGCCAUGUUACAACGACUGGCACGAUUCCUCCUCGACAGAAUCGUCGACAAUUUCCGUCUGCAGUCAACUGGUCCGAAUCUGAUGCAACAGGCGGUGCAAACCUCUGCUACCGAAUUCAUCCGAUGUAUGAACUGCCGAAGCGAGUACACACGACCUGGACCGUGCAACGUGACGGAGCUGAUUUAUCCAGCGGCGAAGCCGCCGCUACGGAACCAGAAGGCGACGAGAGUGACUUUCUCGCAAGUUUUGAAGCUGAGUGUCGAACGCGAGUUGCCGUCCAAAGGCUGGUGCCCACAAUGCCAACGCUACCAGCCCAACGCGUCCAGGAAAACCAUAACGACCGCGCCCGCAGUUUUUAUGAUCAACACAGCCAUCAAGACACCUGAACACCGGGGACUCUGGGCUGCCCCGGGUUUUCUCCCUGAGGAAAUUGGCGUCAUAGUGGACCAUGGCCAAUUCUUCUGCUAUGAAGGGGAAGACCUGGACCUCCACCUCCAGAGAGGCAUUCAUAACGUCACCGUAUACUCCCUGGUAGGAAUGGCUUUGGAUAUUGAGUCUACUUCGGGACAAAAGUCGCAUUUGGUUGGCAUGGUGAACGUGGCACAUUCGCAACCAGAGCCUCCCAAGUCGAGCCAGUGGCAUCUUUUUAACGACUUCUUGGUCCGGCCGGUCAGCAUGAACGAGGCGCUUUCCUUCGACGAGAACUGGAAGAUGCCGACCGUCAUUAGCUAUCAGAUCAGGGAGGCGAACAACAAGAUGGACACAUCCUGGAAGGAAAAUAUUGAUACAUCUCUGCUGUACAGGGAUUCGGGCAUCACACCGAUACACAAGACGUAUCGGACCUUAGAUCAUACCUCGGAGACACCUGGUCCGAGCACCAUUGUCGCGCUCGAUACCGAAUUUGUGGCGAUCCGACAACCGGAAAUCGAGAUGAAUUCGGAAGGCGAAAGGGAGACUAUCCGCCCCAAAGUGUACGCCCUGGCCAGAGUGUCCCUAGUUCGUGGCAGCGGCGAAAAUGAGGGAGAGCCCUUUGUCGACGACUACAUCUCGAUUCGAGAACCUAUUGUCGACUACCUGACGGCGUUUUCAGGCAUCACAGCAGAGGAUCUCAACCCCCGCUUGUCUAAGCAUCAUCUGGUACCCCUUAAGGUUGCGUACAAGAAGAUCUGGAUACUCGUCAACCUGGGCUGCAAGUUUCUAGGGCAUGGCCUGAAACAAGACUUCCGCGUUAUGAACAUUCAUAUCCCGAGAUCCCAAGUCAUCGACACCAUCCAGCUGUAUUAUCUGCAUACGCGCCUGCGGAAGUUGUCUUUGGCGUUUCUUGCAUGGGUCGUUUUGCGGGAGAACAUCCAAAAGGAAACGCACGACUCGAUUGAAGACUCGAGGACGGCUUUGAGACUGUACCGGAAAUACCAGGGGUUUCUUGGGGCCGGAGUCUGGGAGCAGACGUUGCACGACAUAUACAACACUGGAAAGGACGUCGGCUUUAGGCCGCCCAAACGAGACGGUGAAGAUAUUCGGAGGACAGAGACUCCGCCGUUGCCCAUAGAAGGUGGUCCUGGGCCAACGACGCCUGCAAGACGGCCGCCCGUUUCCGGCGGAGCGUUCUUGACGCCAGGGAGGGGCUCGCCUUUCAGUUGAAGAUAGCGCGUCCGUAAUUGCGGCCAUAACAAUAAGAUUAGGGCAUGAACUAAAGGACUCGGUCCCUUGAUCUGUG